UGGCAGCAUGGCGAACUUCACGGAUGCGACAUCACUGCAGCAGUUUGAGGAAUUACUAAAAAAUAACAGCAAGUCCCUCACAGUUGUCCAUUUUCAUGCACCAUGGGCUCCACAGUGCUCCCAGAUGAACGAUGUGAUGGCCGAGUUAGCCAAGGAGCACAAACACACCAUGUUUUUAAAACUGGAGGCAGAGGCAGUCCCUGAGGUUUCUGAGAAAUAUGAGAUCGCUUCAGUUCCCACCUUCCUCUUCUUCAAGGGCGGUAAGAAGAUUGACAGGUUGGAUGGUGCACAUGCCCCUGAGCUGACCAAUAAGGUGCAAUGGUUGGGGUCCGGUGGGGGCGGUGGUGCCGGGACAGGGGACGUCCCAAAAGAGGAUCUUAACGAGAGACUGAAAAAGCUGAUCAACGCUGCACCCUGUAUGCUCUUCAUGAAGGGGUCGCCCCAGGAGCCUCGCUGCGGUUUUAGUCGUCAGAUUAUUCAGAUCUUGAAGGACCACAACAUUCAGUACAGCAGUUUUGACAUCCUCUCGGAUGAAGAGGUCAGACAGGGACUCAAGACCUUCUCCAACUGGCCCACCUAUCCGCAGGUCUACGUCAACGGAGAUCUCAUCGGGGGACUGGACAUCUUAAAGGAGCUGGUUGAUUCUGGUGAACUUGAGAAUACUUUCCCCAAAACAAUCUCGCUGGAACACAGGCUGAAAUCACUAAUCAAUAAAGCACCCAUCAUGCUCUUCAUGAAAGGCAAUAAAGAGGCUGCAAAAUGUGGAUUCAGCCGUCAGAUACUUGAAAUAAUGAACAGCACAGGGGUUGAGUAUGACACAUUUGAUAUACUGGAAAAUGAAGAGGUAAGACAAGGAUUAAAGGCAUUCUCCAACUGGCCGACGUACCCACAGCUGUAUGUUAAAGGAGAUCUAAUUGGAGGACUGGACAUUGUUAAGGAGCUGAAAGAGAACGGUGAGCUUGUGUCCGUGUUGAAGGGGGAGAACUAAACUGUUCCAGCACUGAAGAACACCAGAAUUACAUCGUGAUAUACCUGUUACCUGCAUAUAUUUAACCUCUGGAUCAGAGGUCUUAUUCCAUCCAAGUUAGCCUUUUAUUUAGAGACAAAUUGUCCAAAACCCAUUCAUACAAUGCUGACCAUUAAAAUUAAAUAAAGCCAAUUGUGUUUCAAUCUGUUUUAUGUUGGAUUGACAUAUUCUGUUUACAUCUUGAAUGAUCCGAUCACAAGAGGUCAGCUGUGACAGAUUACCAAUUAACCUGUGAACACUUGUGAUUGUGAAUUUACUACUUUACUGUGUUACUGCAUGCUGAUAAAGUGCCGAAAAAUGUGCACUCUUUUGCUCCCAAAUACAGUAUAUAAAUUUUAAUCUGAAACGUAAGUGGAAAUGUUUUACGCAAAUUAUUUCUCCUUUAAUAAUUGUACUUCAGAUGUGCCUCAAUUGAUCUGUUUGCUUCAUGUUUAUUUCAUGCAUACUGAAGAUAUUUUUUUAAGUCUUGAGCAUGAAUGCGUUUUUUUUUUGUUUGUUUUUUUUUGAUAAGUCAAUUUUCUGUUAAAGCUGAAUGUAACGGACAAAGGUUAUGGUGCAAUGGUUGUGUGUAUAGGGGUUCUUUGCUGGAAUGCAUGAGGACACUGGCAUUUACUCUAUUUGGGCACAUCCAACUACCUCCAAAUGUGGUUUAAAUGAUCAGAUCAAAAACACAUUUUGCUCUGUCCACUUAUGAUCGGUUAACCUAAGAUGAUUGUCAAUACUAGGUCAAGACCACCUAAUGUAAGUCACCUAAUCAACAUAAAUGCAUUCCCUCCUUUUUUAAUUUGUCUGUCAAUUAAAUGGUUUGGCAUGUAAAAGCAUUCAGUAUUUGCACCGUUCUUUGCUGCUUUAUUCGAGUUAUCCUAAAUAUAUGACCUAAUGAGGACCGUAACGAUAGAUCUUCAUUCUUGAUCACAUCCUCUCGCUUUAAUGCGCUCUUCAGACAUAAAGAUUAUUCAGAGCUCUUGGAGACAGGAAUUGUGAUUAAAGAGACAUUAAUAUUAAUCAGCAGUCAGUGGUUUUGGGGGAGUAGACCCACACCUAAUCUGGCUUUGAGCCAUGAUUGUAAAGUGUCCAUUACCUUCCUCUUACACACAAACACACACCUGUAGCCUGGGGUAAUUGCUGCACUCUUGUGAUGACCUGAUGGUUCUGCCGAAGAAACCUUUUAUACAUGUUAACACUUUGACUCCCAAUAACACUCUCAGAUAUUCAUCCAUGCAUGAACUGAGACAUACGGAGAAAACUGUUUAUACUUCUGCAUAAUCACCACCUACUGCCACAGGUUCUCACCUAAACUAACAAGUUCAUUACAUCGCCUGAAGCUGUCGAAAUAAAUACCACACUAUUUUAAAUGCACACUAAGUACAGCUUGUAGAAUAAUGAUAUUGCACAAAUACAUUGAAUGGAUAUUAAAUUCAAAUUUUGGUU